AUGCGUCGCAGGAGACUCUCUACUGCAUCCAGCUCAUCAAAGCGCCUCGGAUCAUCUUCAACCUUGCGGUCAAAAGCCCUUAACACGCCACAUCAUACUCGUCGAUUUACAACAUUAAUUUCAGAUCAAGAACCAGAUACAACCUACUUGUGGGGCUAUCUGCUGUUCUUUUCGACAAUGAUUGGCUUUACAACCAGUAUGUACGCUCUUGUGGCAUCUAAUUACAUGCCCAUGACUGGCAAUAAGACUCUUGACUGGAUCAAACAAGAUAGCCACUAUUGCAUGCUACUUCCUGUGACUAUUCCAGUAACUGUACUUGCUGUCUUGUUCAACUGGCUGGGAAUGAAGCUGUUCCGGCACAAUUGA